UCGCUUCGCCAGCUCUCUCUCGCCAGACACCACAGAGACAACGACAAAGACAAACCCAGCCAAAGUUUCACAGUCCCGCCACGACCGAACCCACACGCCCUUUCUCAACCAUACCUCGCCUCCUUGCACCUGCCAUCAAGACCCUCCAUACUCAUACCAGACCUCCCGCGCCGUGCUCCAUCCCUCGUCUCCCUCGCGCAUCUCCUACCCUUCCAGGUGGUCGGUCGAGUGGUCACCCAGACUGCAACAAAGUGCCCCAACCCCAACGACGCCUCCGACGCCGCAUCGUUCCAGCCCCUUUCCUUGCCCUCGGUGCCUAUCCGCAUCGACUAUCAUCGCCUGCCAGACUGAAUUCGCUGACCAAGACCAUGGCCGGCGAUCAGGCCUUCGGCGUCACGCCGCCCAUCUCCGUCAUUUUACCCACCGAGUCGGAGAAACGUGCUAGCGAUGCCCUCAUCCAGGAGUUGAGAAACCAGAAGACUUUUGAGAGCCCGUCUGACACUGACAAGAGGCAUGCCGUCCUCGAUUCGCUCCAGAUCAUCUGCAACGAGUUUGUUCGUCGCGUCGCCCUCGAGAAAGAACCCGCCAACGAAGUGCUUAUUCGAAAUGCCCGAGGCAAGGUCUUCACUUACGGUAGUUUCCGCUUGGGCGUAUUCGGGCCUGGCUCCGAUAUUGACACGCUCAUUGUCGCCCCGAAAUAUGUUACUCGAGACGACUACUUCAAGCACUUCCCCGGCCUGUUGGUUGACAUGGCCCCCAAAGGUUCCAUCACAGACCUAGCCGUGGUGACAGAUGCCUUCGUGCCCAUCAUCAAGUUUGAGUACUCCGGCAUAAGCAUUGACUUGAUUUUCUCUAGGAUCAUCCAGAAGCAGAUAUCCCCUGAUUUCCAAGAUCUGAAAGACUCUGGCCUUCUCCGAGGCUUGGACGAAGCCGAGCUGCGAUCUCUGAAUGGAACCCGAGUCACCGACGAAAUUCUAGCCCUGGUUCCGGAACAGAGUACAUUUAAGCUUGCUUUACGAGCCAUCAAGCUGUGGGCGCAGCGCCGCGCUGUCUACGCCAACAUUAUGGGCUUUCCCGGUGGUGUUGCAUGGGCUAUGCUUGUUGCUCGCGUGUGCCAGCUUUACCCCAAGGCCGCAACGUCCGUUAUAGUCAACAAGUUUUUUCUUGUUAUGAGUCAGUGGCGAUGGCCACAACCUGUUCUCUUGAAGCCCAUUGAAAGUGGACCUCUCCCCGUCCGCGUGUGGAAUCCGAAGGUAUACAAGGGAGAUUCUUUCCACCUGAUGCCCGUCAUCACGCCAGCUUAUCCUUCUAUGUGUGCCACAUUCAACAUCACUCGUUCAUCGAUGAGCAUCAUCAAGCGAGAGCUCCAACGAGGGCUUGAGCUAUCAGAGAGCGUAAUGAUAGGCAAGCGCCCCUGGAGCGAUCUCUUCGUCAAACACACUUUCUUCACCCAGGGCUACAAAUACUACAUUUCUGUCAUCUCCGCGAGCAAGACCAAGGAAGCCCAUAAGAUAUGGUCUGGAUAUGUCGAGUCCAAGGUUCGAAUGCUCGUCCAGAAGCUGGAACAGCAUCAAUCAAUAGCUCUUGCGCAUGCGUUCAACAAGGGAUAUGACCGACGACACCGAUGCAACAGCGACAGCGAAAUCGAACAAGUACAAGACGGCUGCCUCGAUUUCCUUGUCAUCGAGAACUCUGAAGAAGCACCAGAUAUUGACCCCAAGAUCGAAAAUGUCAAGGUCAAGGUCGAGGAUGAUGACAAUGUCAAGAUGGACAAUAUCAAAAUGGAGGAAGAUGUCAAGGUGGAGGAAGAUGUCAAGAUGAAGACCGAGGAAGAUGCCAAAGUCUCGGAGACACCUUCUGGAACUGAUGUCUUCACCACCACACAUUACAUUGGCCUAGAGCUCGCUAAUAACGCCAAAUCUCUCGACCUGUCAUAUCAGGUAGACGAGUUCAAGUCCCUCUGCACUCAGUGGCAAAAGUACCAAGACGACCUAAAGGAAUUGGUGUCCAUCGGGGUCCAGCACGUUCGAAACUUCAAUCUUCCAGACGACGUGUUUGAUGCUGGUGAGAAAAAGCCUCAGAAGAAAUCUGGCGGCGCUAAGGGCGCACCGAACGGCAAGAAACGGGCUCCUACUGAGGUACUUGAUUCAUAUCCGCGUCCCUUCCCGCACGACUACGAUGCACUGCCAUCGCCAGUGUAUGCAUUGAGGAGACUGGACAAACUGAUGGAUGAACAGGAGAACCCGCCACCCGCAAAAAGACAACAGACCUCGGUCGCGGCCGCCGGCUGAGUAUUCCUACCUCGCAUUCCCAGAACAUCUCUUUGAAAGAUGUUGACCCAAAAUGUUGGCUCAUCUCUGGUUGGGCCACGUAGCAAUUUCUUCAGCUUGGGCAAGCCUCGGAUAUAGAGGACAUCCCCAGGUUGAUCUUUACUGACUGACAUGCACAAAAGUUGAUUUUCCAUUCUGGCCGGCCGGUUGAGCUUGAGACAUGGUAGACGCAGCCGCACUUGCAGCUAUCGGCCCUGUCAUGAGC